AUGCAAGAGCAGCAAUACCAACUUCACCACAUUCCAUUGAUGCAAUCAAGAACAUGUGGAGAGUCCAAGAAAGGAGAAGAUGAUUGGGCACUUGUAACCUUUGUUGGAGAACAAAAUCAAGACCCAAGAAAGUGUAAGAAGGCAAUGGAGAAGGUGAACAUCGAGCCAUGUGUGAAGAUGGACACCCAAACCCUUGAUCUUCUCAAGAUAAGAGAUGAUGUCACAUGGUACAUAAGGAAGCUAGGCUUGAGCAAGCUCUUCAAGCUAGAAUGUAGUGAGUACUCACAACUCACCAAGGAGUUCCUCUCCACAGUAGCUCUUGCCUUUCCCAACCACAAUGGAGACCAACCAGCUGGUGAUGGACUCCUACUCUUCAAGAUAGGCGAUGCCAAUGGGCGCAUCUCCAUCUCAGCUCUAUGCCAACUCUUUGGACUUCCCAAUGAGACAGCACAUGACUUCAAGGAGAACUCAAAGAGGAAACAAGCUGCCUUUGCUGAUUGGACACACUUUGCCAAUGAACCAUUCUUGCCUUCAAGGUCAAAGGUGUCUAGAAUCACCAUCCAGCCAUUCGCUAUGUGCACCGCCUCAUCUCCACCACUUUCCAAUGCAAACAAGAAGCCAACAAGGUCACAACUGAUGAGUUCUACAUCCUCACCACACCAUUCAUCAAGCAUGAGUACAAGGCCAACCUUGGACUUUUACUUGCCAAGACAUUCAUCAAUGUGA